CGGGGGCAACAGCUCGCGCGCCUCGAAGAAAGUAUCGGUUGAGCUGCGGGGAUGGUCCGCAGCAGAAGUAGUGAGAGAGGCGGGGUGUCUGCCAGGCCGGCCUUGGCUCUCCACAGCACGGCCCUCAGUAUCGACAACCCCAGCCAGGCCGGACGACCCUUCACCCUCAGCUUCCGCUUCAAGAGCUCACGAAAAAGAUGGCACCAACAAAGAAGGUCAAAAAGUCUGCCGAGAACAUCAACUCGAGACUCGCCCUGACUAUCAAGAGUGGCAAGUACUUGCUCGGUUAUAAGAGUACCCUCAAGAGCAUGCGAAGCGGUAAAGCCAAAUUGGUCUUAAUCUCCGGCAACACCCCUCCCCUUCGACGAUCGGAGAUCGAAUACUACGCCAUGUUGUCCAAGACUCCCGUCCACUUGUACCAGGGAUCUAACGUCGCUCUUGGUACCGCCUCUGGAAAACUAUUUCGAGUUGGAAUCUUGACUAUCUUGGACGCUGGUGACUCAACAAUUCUGGAUGCUGCCAACUAAGGAAGGAAGCAAAGAAACAACCUUGCCCAACUUUCUUCGCCCUCCACUCGCCCAUGUCCUCCUGUGUCUUUUACUCCUCCUCUAUGAAAUUAUGCACCCAUGAUUUGUUCGAGCCGGCUUUCUACACCCACAGUGGAAGACCUCCACUUUGAUCCUCGAAGAACUGACUCCUUGUGUGUCUUAGGUUGAUACUAUAGCUGCCUGUAAGAUGUCUCGACAACACGGUCUUUCCCGUCAUCUAAUGCCGUCUGUUGAUCUUGCUAUGGACAAACUUACUGCAUGUGUGACUACCACGCCGUCCAUCAAAGCAGCAGCUUUAGUCAUUUUCUGUAACUUGCGCAAGAGCGGCAGGUAGUACACUGCACACGUCUCUGCAAGAAGUUACCCAAACCGUGUCGGUUAGGGAACCACUCUUAGUUUUCUCCGUGCCUUGCCUCUUAUGCAACUGAGGAUACGAGUCCUACAUCCCGAUAUCGAGGACAAGUACGAAUCCGUCUUCAUAUGCAGGGUCCGCAAACCUAGCUAUACAGAUGGACUAAGAGCCCUGUUAAUAGGAAUGAUGAAAUAAGUUUAUUGACGCUG